CCCCUCCCUCUGCCCUCCCUUCCUGGCUGCCAGCCACACCUGGGAGAGCUUGAAGCUUGGCCUGGGGCCGGCUGGAUCCCACACUUCCUCCAGGCAGAGCCGCCAUGAUGCCCAGGAGCAGCAGCUGCCCCCUCCUCCUCCUCUCCCUGGUGGGGCUCCUCUCUAUCUGUGCUCAGGAACCAGACCCAGCUGGAUGGAACACCACAGCAGUGGCAGAGAAAGCUGGCACCUGUCCCAACACAGAGUUGGAGAUGCCCAGCGGGAACUGCACGGAGGAAUGUCAGAGUGAUGCCAGCUGCGAGGGGAACCAGAAGUGCUGCCAGACGGGAUGCAGGACUUCUUGCCAGAUCCCAAACGAUAAAUCUGGGUCCUGCCCAGUUUACCCGGGGCCCAUCCAACCACUGGGCCUUUGCAGAGACACGUGUGGAACAGAUUCACACUGCCCAGAUAAUAGGAAGUGCUGCAGAAAUGGCUGUGGAAAUAUGACUUGCGCAAUUCCUGCUUGA